AACCUCCAUUGCCAUGCCGUCACGUCCCUUCGGUUUCUCAUUCGCAGACCGACCCCACCCAUACCACACUCCGUCCCUCAAAUGAAUACAUUCCGUUAAUUUAUUUCUGGAGAUCCGAUCGAUCUUGUCGGGUGUGAUUGUGGCCGGCGCCGGGGCUUGGUGAUGAAGACCAGAACGAGAAGAAAGCUUUUCAAGUGUCUUGAACCGUUAGUUGGAACCAAUGUCCCCGGUAAAUCUAAACGGUCCGGUGCCGGCGGCACCGAAACGGAUGGUUACUCUUAUGGGUCGGACGGCGGCGGUGACGUUCUCGCCGGAUUUUUAAAGAUUUCGUCGUCCUUCGGUGACCGGAAAUUUGAGUCGCCGGAUGGAGGAUUCGCGAAAGAAAGCCGGGAGAAAUCUGGUAGAAGUUUUUCUCGCGUCAUCAAAUCCGUCUUGUUCGAGAAAUCACUGAUGAGGAAAUUUCGGAAGAAAGGGUCGUCUCCAUCAAUCUCCGCACCAUCGACGAGUUGCGAUUCGUCGCCGGAAACAGAUCAUAAGAUGAGGAAGGGAAAAAGAUUCUCCAAGGAAAGAUGGGACACAGAUGAAUCUCUGGGGGGCAAUACAAGCGAUUCCUCGGACACGUCGCUGUUUUCGUCAUCUACGACGGCGUCAACUUCCGGUAAAUCUUCAAGGUCAACCUCGGAUAGAAAGAUUCCAUCGCCGCGCCCACUCAUCAUUAAUUUCAUAGACCCGAAACAAGCAAGCGUAGUAAACGAAGAGGCUUCUUUCAGGGGACAUUUCGUUCUAAAACCGCCGAAACCCGUGAAGGCGGCGGUGAAGGAACAGUUUUCAAUGAUACCGGCAAGAACGGUGACUAGGACGACGGCGGUAACGAAACGUUACAAUAAUUCAAAUCUAAUGUGGUUUAUUGUUAUUUCGUUGAUGGCGUUGGUGUUUUGGGGCAAAACAUUGGCCAUUCUUUGCACCUCUGCAUGGCUUUACAUGGUACCUCGUUUUUCCCACUCGCCUGAGAUUCACUCCGACGAGGUUUAUUCGAGCAAACUUGUUAAGGAACGAAUGUCGGAACAAACAAGUCUUAGUCGGCGGCGGCUAGGAGUUGGCAAUUGACAAGAAAAUAUAUUUUUUUUUUAAUGUUUUUUUUUUUUUUUUUAAUAACAAGAAUGCAGUGCACUUCGUCACUGACUCAUAAUGGCUUUGUCUUGCGGUUUGCAUAUUUUCCUUCUAAUUUCUUAGUAAUCUCCAAAUUAUAGGAAAAUGACAUUUCAUUGUAUAUCUACAAAUAUUGUCUUAUCUAACAAGAAAAAGUUAUAUAAAACAAGUUGAUGUUA